AAAAAUAAAAAUUUAAAUAAUACAUGUAUACAUCAAUUGGAUAAUGUUGUAACUGUAUUACCAACACUCGAAACCACGUAUUUUUUUUUUAUUUCGAAAAGUACACUGAAGUGCACAUAACCUAAAAUAUUAAAAUAAUACACACUGACUCCAAGUUUCCAACAAGAAAAUUAUAAAAAUUAUUAAUUUAAGUUAAAAAAAAAUAUUAAUAAAGUUUAAAUAAUUAUAAAAAUAAUUCAAAAUGAGAUAUGGACAAUUAGUUUUGGGGCCUGCAGGUAGUGGCAAGUCAACAUACUGUGCAACAAUAAAACAACAUUUUGAAGAUGCAGGAAAAGUUAUGAAGGUUGUUAAUUUAGAUCCAGCUGCUGAAUAUUUUGAUUAUGAACCAAUUGUAGAUAUCAGAAGCUUAAUUAGUGUUGAUGAUGCAAUGGAGGACGAAACGUAUAAAUAUGGUCCAAAUGGAGGUCUUGUUUUUUGCAUGGAAUAUCUCGUUGCAAAUUCAAACUUUCUACAAGAGGAACUUGAUGAUGAUGAUGAUGAUUAUAUUUUAUUUGAUUGUCCAGGACAAAUUGAAUUAUAUACACAUAUGAAAGUUAUGAGAGAUUUAAUAAAAAUUCUUGAAGAUAUGAAUUUUCGUUUGUGUUCAGUAUUUGUUGUUGAUAGUCAAUUUAUGGUUGAUGCAUCAAAAUUUUUAUCUGGUACAAUGGCUGCAUUAAGUGUUAUGAUUAAUCUUGAAUUACCACAUGUUAAUAUACUAAGUAAAAUUGAUUUAUUAUCAAAAUCAUCAAGAAAACAAUUAGAAAAUUAUCUUGAACCAGAUCCAGACAGUUUAAUGGCAGAAACAAAUGAUGAUCCUUGGCAUAAAAAAUAUAGAAACUUAACAGAGGCACUUGGUAAACUUAUUGAAGAUUACAGCCUUGUUAGAUUUUUGCCUUUGAAUAAAGAUGAUGAAGAAAAUAUUGCUGAUAUUGUAAUGACAAUUGACAAUAUGAUACAAUUUGGUGAAGAUGCUGAUGUUAAAAUGAAAGAUUAUGCUGAUGAAGCAGAAAAUGAUGAUUAA